CUGUCGCUGUCACUUGUGAGCUCGGCACCUUCCACCGUCGCCGCGGAGGAACCGGCGCUCGGAGGUCCCGGCAGCGGCCGCAACCCCGCGCCCGGGCUGCGCGGCUGCCGCCGGGGGGGGGGGGGGGGGGGGGGGCGCCCGGGCCCUCGGAUCCGGCGCCGAGCCGCUGCGGGGCGGCAGCGCCGCGGCGUCCACCCGACCCGGGAUCCGGUUGGCCGUUCUCAACGAUGGGCAGGAGGGACCUUGGCGGUGACCCCUAAAACAAUACCAUGCCCCGGGAGCCCCGCUGCUGCCGCGCCAGCUUCUUCCCUUUCCACCUCCCCGACCCCGUCGGAUUCGGAUGAGCCCCCGCGACGCGGCGCGGCUGCCAGAUCGCAGAUUGAGCUUAACCAAGAAGUUCAUAGUCUGUUCGACACUGACCUGAUCUACAACUUCAGAAGGGAGUUCUGCCUGCCCAGUUGGCCUCUGUUGACCGCAGAUUGACCGCAGAUAGCUUGGCUUCACUCAUUGCCUGUGUGGAAAAUUCUCCCUAUUGAUUUUUUUUUUUUUUUUUUUGCACAUGGAGGACAGUAACAAAGAGGGCAACACAGGCUGAUAAGCCCCGAGACCACAGGAGAAUUCUUUUCUUGCAGGCCUUUGGGACUUUUCCUCUAGUUGGAGUUCUGGACUUUAACAGAACACCUUCUAGUCAUUUUGCUUUUGUUAUAUAUAUAUAUACAUAUAUAUAUAUAAUUUUUUUUCUUUUUACUUUCCCACCGCCUUGUAUUUUGUUUCUGUACUUCAGAAAUGGGCCUAAAGACCACACAGUGGCCCAGCCAUGGGGCUUUUUUCCUGAAAUCUUGGCUUCUCAUUUCCCUGGGGCUCUACUCACAAGUGUCAAAAAUCUUGGCGUGCCCUAGCGUGUGCCGCUGCGACAGGAACUUUGUCUACUGUAAUGAGCGAAGCUUGACCUCAGUGCCUCUUGGGAUCCCGGAGGGCGUAACCGUACUCUACCUCCACAACAACCAAAUUAAUAAUGCUGGAUUUCCCGCAGAACUGCACAACGUACGGUCGGUGCACACGGUCUACCUUUAUGGCAACCAACUGGAUGAAUUCCCCAUGAACCUUCCCAAGAACGUCAGAGUUCUCCAUUUGCAGGAAAACAACAUUCAGACCAUUUCACGGGCUGCCCUUGCCCAGCUUUUGAAGCUCGAAGAGCUUCACCUGGAUGACAACUCGAUAUCCACAGUGGGGGUGGAAGAUGGGGCCUUCCGGGAGGCUAUUAGCCUCAAACUGUUGUUUCUAUCCAAGAAUCACCUGAGCAGUGUGCCUGUUGGGCUUCCUGUGGAUUUGCAAGAGCUGAGAGUGGAUGAAAAUCGAAUCGCUGUCAUAUCCGACAUGGCCUUUCAGAACCUCACGAGCUUAGAGCGUCUGAUCGUGGAUGGGAACCUCCUGACCAACAAGGGCAUUGCCGAGGGCACCUUCAGCCAUCUCACCAAGCUCAAGGAAUUUUCCAUUGUUCGGAAUUCGCUCUCCCACCCCCCUCCUGAUCUCCCAGGUACACAUCUGAUCAGGCUCUACCUGCAGGACAACCAGAUCAACCACAUCCCUUUGACAGCCUUCUCAAAUCUGCGCAAGCUGGAACGGCUGGAUAUAUCCAACAAUCAACUGCGUAUGUUAACUCAAGGGGUCUUCGAUAAUCUCACCAACCUGAAGCAGCUCACAGCUCGGAAUAACCCCUGGUUUUGUGACUGCAGUAUUAAAUGGGUCACGGAAUGGCUCAAAUACAUCCCUUCAUCUCUCAACGUGCGAGGUUUCAUGUGCCAAGGGCCCGAGCAAGUCCGGGGAAUGGCUGUCAGGGAGUUGAAUAUGAAUCUUUUGUCAUGCCCCACCACGACUCCUGGGCUGCCCGUCUUUACCCCAGCACCAAGUACAGCCUCGCCAACGACCCAGCCUCCCACACUCUCUGUCCCAACCCCUAGCAGAAGCUACAUGCCUCUGACUCCUGCCACAGCCAAACUCCCCACGAUCCCCGACUUGGAUGGCAGAGAAAGAGUGACCCCACCGAUCUCUGAACGGAUCCAGCUCUCUAUCCAUUUUGUGAAUGACACGUCCAUCCAAGUCAGCUGGCUCUCUCUCUUUACUGUGAUGGCAUACAAACUCACAUGGGUGAAAAUGGGCCACAGUUUAGUAGGGGGCAUUGUUCAGGAACGCAUAGUCAGCGGUGAGAAACAGCACUUGAGCCUGGUUAACUUAGAGCCCAGAUCCACCUACCGGAUUUGUUUAGUGCCACUGGAUGCUUUUAACUACCGAGCUGUAGAAGAUACCAUUUGUUCCGAGGCCACCACCCAUGCCUCCUAUUUGAACAAUGGCAGCAACACGGCUUCCAGCCAUGAGCAGACGACUUCCCGCAGCAUGGGCUCCCCUUUUCUGCUGGCGGGCCUGAUCGGGGGCGCGGUGAUAUUUGUGCUCGUGGUCUUGCUCAGUGUCUUUUGCUGGCACAUGCACAAAAAGGGGCGCUACACCUCCCAGAAGUGGAAAUACAACCGAGGGCGGCGGAAAGACGACUAUUGCGAGGCAGGCACCAAGAAAGACAAUUCCAUCCUGGAGAUGACAGAGACCAGCUUUCAGAUCGUCUCCUUAAAUAACGAUCAGCUCCUUAAAGGAGAUUUCAGACUGCAGCCCAUUUAUACCCCAAACGGGGGCAUUAAUUACACAGACUGCCAUAUUCCCAACAACAUGCGAUACUGCAACAGCAGUGUGCCAGACCUGGAGCACUGCCACACGUGACAGCCAGAGGUCCAGCGUUAUAAAGGCGGACAGUAAGACUCUGGAGAACACACACACGUGUGUGCACCGAAAGACACACGAAUUACAUUUGAUAAAUGUUACCCAGAUGCAUUUGUGCAUUUGAAUACUCUGUAAUUUAUACGGUGUACUAUAUAAUGGGAUUUAAAAAAAAGUGCUAUCUUUUCUAUUUCAAGUUAAUGACAAACAGUUUUGUAACUCUUUGCUUUUUAAAUCUUAAAAAAAAUAGUUGCUGAAGUACUGUACAGGGUUGUACAAUAAGAACCCAAUGCCAAGGCAAAAGAAGGAGUGAUUCUUCCUCAUGAUGCACAUUAACCAUUUUACUGUUGAAGCCGUCAGAAUAAAUUCCUUUCUUAUGGUUGGUGGUCAGAUGAAAGGGCCGAUUAAAAUGGACUCAUCAGGGCAGGCUAAAUAAUGUGGGUAAAACAAGGUAUGGCCCAGAUAUCUUUAUGCUAUUUCUAUACUUCCUGGUGAGGAAGAAAAGUUAAAUAUUUCAAAAUAGAUGAAAGGAGGUGGCUACCCUGAUUUGACUUAAAGCAGGAAAUAUAGAAAGCAUCACGAGGAAGCCCGUUCCAGUAAGAUAAGUUAACCGAACCCGGCAGCAUCCAGAAAAUGACAUGAGUUUUGAAAAGAACUUCAAACCCGGGGGUUGGCUUUCUGAAUGAGAGCUUAAAAAUCACCCCUCAUGCUUCCUUGACCCUAUGUGAUAACAGAGUUAGAGACUUCAGGCUGAUUCCAGUCAUCUUCAGGGACAGAUAGGAUGGUCCAGCAAGAAAACUCCCUUCGAAAGUGUUACUAUUUCUAAUUAUAUGUCAGGUUGAAUCACAUUCAACAGAGAUAUAUUCUAGAAUACUUUUUUAGAAGAGGCUAAUAAAAUAAUGGGAAGAAUUAUAUUGAAUGGAAUUAUUUUUGAUAAUGAGAAUUAUUUGGGUAGAUUCGCUCCAGCUAUGUCAACAUGAUAUUUAGACCAACAAGAGAUCAGUGUUUGGAAUAUACUAAACAUGUUAAUUUAAAAACUAUUGAUACUAUUUAGACAAAAACAAGUGAUCAGUGGUUCUGCUAUACUUCAUCAAACGACUUUGUUAGUAUCAUGUUGAAAUAGCUUGAAUUAAUACCUGUAUCCCCUUGCAAAUUUGUCUUCCAAUCACCUCACCUAUAUUUUCGUAACUAGCUGUUUAUGCUAGAUUUUUUUUUUCCCACUCUGCUUAAAAUUUGAAAGAAAAAUUAUAUGCCAGUCUUGGUUGCACAAAAUAUCCAUAUAUACUUAUAUACUUUAAAAUGUAUACUAAUUUUCACUGCUAAUAAUUCUAUAAGGACAUAUCAAAGCUGGCUGAAAUAAUGUAUUUUUUUUUAAAGCAAUACAGAGUUUCCACCUUGGACCGACGUCGAUCCUGUUCCAUUUUUGAAAUUUCAUUUAUUCCUUUUCAGUCUUGGAUGUCCCUCUUCUUCGGGACUUGUGGAGGGAUGAUCAAUCUUACAUUAACAGGAUAACAUGAAAAAUGAACAAGUCAGAGAGCACAGGCAUGUUCCCCUCACCUUGGCAGAGUGGGGCAUAGAGUAGAGGACAUGGAGAAAAGAGGGAUGUCUGUGCUUAAUUCUAGAUAUUUUUUGAAACAAUGCUCAUUUUCACAAAGUAUGUAUAAUCCACUCCUUUUCAUCCCUUAGAUGUAGAAGGGCUAUCGAUCACACACAUUAUCUAAAAAAAUAUAUAUCCUUGGAAAAUUCAUUUUAAGAUCAAAUUCUGCCCCGUGUUGUGUAUUUCCUUUAUCACUGGCCAUUUUUAGGGUGAAAAAAAAUGAAAAUUGAUGUCACACUCAGUUUGGCUUUCUUUCUCACUCUUUCUCUGUCUCCCACUUUUAACAAAAUAGAACUGCGAUGUGUCUUCUUCGUAAGAGUUUAGGUAUAAAACGCUAUGCAAGGUUUUCUUUAUAGUAAAAGCUUUAUUUUCUUUAAUAACGUACUCCCAACUUAUAUGUUUUAAUCUCCCUUGUCAGAAAGCAGAAAAUGUAACUGAAGUUAUAAUGUUGUAGAGGCAAGAAUCAAAACAGCAGUCAGUUGAACUGAAAUUAGCUAUGAAUUAAUUUGAAUUAAUUCUAAGGUGACUUAGGUUUCCAUAUGAGUUUAUUAGCUAGCAAAUUCUGGCUGUUGCUUUUUUAAAGCUAAUUCCACACAGCAAAGGGACAAGACAGUCUGUGAAGGUGAUCAGUGUAACGGUAAGCCAUCUACCAUUCAGGACAAUGCCAUGGGGUUUUGUGUAUUUAACUGGAUAAUUCCCUUCCACUGUUGUCUUCUCCUUGGCUGUGUAGAUAAAACUAUGUGUUCAAAUGAUGGUACUUUGACUUUUGAGAUUUUUAUUUUUCCCUCUUUGAUCCACAAAAUAAUCAUUCUCAUUUAUUUAUAUUGUGUAAAACCCCCAGCGCAAUAUUUGCCUGCUGAAACGUUUUUGUUUCAGGCCAAGACCAAUGUUGGAAAGGUUUCUAUGAUGUCUUCUGGGAUUCACAGAAUUAUUUGGGGCUUGAGUGGUACAAUGAAGACCUAGUCAUGUAAAAUGGCUCCUUUGCUAGAAGUCGUUUCUGAAGAGAUAGAACCUAGUGACAGUCUUUGCUUUGAUCUCGCACACAGUAUCACAGAGACUGCGAAAAUCAAGGUCCGUGUCUCAUUUGUCAUAGCAUACCUGGGGCUCUCACUUACACGAGGAUAGAAAGCACAUCAUGGAAUUUGCAGUGUCUUAUGUGUCUUUGGAAAACUGCUGAAUAACCAGCCACGGUGUUGGCUUAGGCUUUGAUUGGCAUCUUCGAUUGUGGGAAAUGUGUUUUGCUGAUACAUCUACUCUAUAAUUGAGCCUCUCUUGUGGCCGUUAUUAUGUAUUUUGAGAUUAGUCAAGAGUCACAGUUGAAGGGGCAGGCCAAGAUCAUGAACAAAGACAUACCCACUGGCUUAUAGAAUUUGAUGCUGUUUGACCAAACAAGCUGAUUUCAGGUAACACACGGUCACGUUCAGAGCUAGGCAACUGUCCCUGUGCAGAGGAAAUUCUAGAAGAAAAAGGUGUAGCCAUGAUCACACAGAUAUUAUUGAUCGUUAUUCAUUCCCAGGGUUGUCAUUAAUAUGUACUUGUUGGGGGAGAUGUGUUUGGACAGGGAGAGGCUCUGUGUUUCCCUCCAAACUGGCAAACACAUUAGCAGUUCAUCAUGGUGGACGGCCAUAGCAGAGACAAAAAGCAUGUUUUCCUGCCAAGUUUCCUUGUAUGAGAAGGAAAACAUUCUGUCCCGUGAGAAAUCAUGCAAUUUCUAAUUAUCUGGAUGUUUGUUGAAAAUGUAUAAGAUAUGUUCCCCGAGGUUUAAAAAAAAAAAAAAAAAAAACUGUAAUGUGACCAGUCUGGCAAAAAGAAUUAAUGAGGGUGCUAAUUUUAAGGUUAUGUUUCCUACCAGUGCGGAUCAUGACGGUCUUAGUCACUUCCCAAGAUCAUAACUUACUUCCCCACUGUGGAGAACCAGCUCUUCAGGUAGUGAGCAGAACACCCAGUCCAAGCAAAAGUUAUGGGGAAGAGAUGCUGAGACAGAUCAGCAAACCCAGUGCACCUUUUGACAGUGAACUGGUUAAUUUCCAUCGACUUCUUUGUUUAUUAGCAUUUUUCUCUAACCUACAACAAGUAGACAUUGAGUUAUACAUUAGAACAUGAACAGUUUUGCCCAUGAUUUAUCUUUCCAGCUUCAUGGGAAUGCAAAGCAGUUUCUUUAUGCUGCAAAGGGAGAUACAAAUAGAAAACAAACAAAUAAAAAACUCCUAAUUCUUACUCUUGUCAAAACCAGCCUGAUGCUCUUUUUUUUAAAAAAGUCAGAACAUUAAUGAAGAAAGCUACGGCUUACAUCCUUCUCUGAUUUCUUCAGCAGGGUCAAAAGACAACUGACCAUUGGGGGAUGCUUGGCAUAGAUUGGGGGGAGAAAGUUUUGUACAUGUAUGAUACUGUUGUUAUAACAAACAAAUCAGAUUCUUUUGCUGUAGUUUUCAUUUUUCUUCUUCUAGAGGCACAUCCACCAGAAGAGCACAAAGUAAGGCCAUCGCAACAGGCAUUUUUAAACUAGUAUGCAACACACAUAUGCGUACACACACACACACACACACACUGAAGAAUUAUAAAGAUAUCCAUGGGAUAGAAUAUUUAUAACUUUUUGAGGCAAGAUGAAGGCAUCGCCACUGUCUGUCCCUCCUAAGACCAGUAUAUAUUCACUGAAAGUUAAUCCCGAUGGUUUGUUAUUGUUUGAAUCACAUGUUGAUUUGCUUCUGGUUUGUGUUUAGUGUGUUCUCAUGACAAGGGACUGCAGGGUGUUGGAAAAUUCUGCAUUUCACAUCCUCUGGGACCUACCAUGUCGCACACUUUGUUAACUACAAACUUCACUCUACACUAUACAGUACCUUGUUGAUAUAUUCAGUAAAGGCUUAUUUUAAAAGAAAA